CGUUAGUCCGUUUGCUCCCUCGUGUGGUUAGACACACAAACGCAGGACGGCACACUCUUGUACAAAACAACAACAAUAGAUGUUAUGAUAUCAGUCUGACACAGACUAUUUCACCUCAGUAGAUGUGACAGCAGAUUAUAGCUCAAGUUAAUAUCAAAUAUUAUCUUUUCCUCAGUGAAGAGCUCAGAUCUGCGCCAGAAGCUAAGCGGGCAGAGGCGUCGACCGUCAUCAUGGCUUGCAUCGGAGGAUUGUUUUCUCUCGCAGUUUUGUUUGGCUUUGUGACCGCUGGGUUGCACAAAGGAACAGCUCCCGUGUUCCUGGAAAAGUGGGAUGCACUUAGUUUAAUUUCCCGCCAGAAGAGAAGCAACGCGGGUGAUGAAGAGACUAAACUCCCUGCCAACCUCGAGAGGGAGUGUUUAGAGGAAGUUUGUGAUUACGAAGAAGCAAGAGAAGUCUUCCAGGAUAAUUAUCGCACAGAUAUCUUCUGGUCUGUCUACAUUGAUGGUGACCAGUGUGCUGAGCAGCCAUGCAAAAAUGGAGCCAUGUGUUCAGAUAGUGUGGGGGGCUUUGACUGCAUUUGUAAAUCAGGCUUUUCAGGAAUCCACUGUGAGACAGAUCAAACGGUAUGUGUAAUCGAUAAGAGCAAAGGGUGCAGCCAGUUUUGUAAGCCGGGCUAUCAGUCGUACGAGUGCUCGUGUGCGUACGGCUGGAAACUGCAGCAGAGAGAGAAGUGCGUGCCUGCUGUAACGUUUCCAUGUGGAAAAGUGGCAAGUUUGAGUCAGUGGGACCGACGUCAGUCAACUAACAUACAGUCAGACUAUCAAGGACUCACCUGCGGCUCAGAAGAGUGUCCCUGGCAGGUGAAUAAACCACACUUGAUCCUCCAGACAUCAUGUUUGUUGUUUACGUACACACUGCAAGUUGAUGAAAGUAAAAGGGUGACCUCAUUCGAAGCAGGAGAGCAGACGCUUCAGGUAAAGCAGGUGCACAUCCACCCGCUCUAUGUUGAGGGCAAACCUGACCAUGACAUGGCUGUAGUAGAGCUGACGCAGAAGAUCGUCUUCAAGAAGAGCGUGCUUCCAGCCUGUCUGCCUGAGAGAGACUUCGCUGACAGUGUGCUCAUGGCGGGCGACUACAUGGGUGUCGUCACCGGCUGGAAGGAAGUUUCCGGUGCAACGGAUCUUGAAGGGAACCUCAUGUUAAACCACCUGUCCUAUGACAAACUGCUGGUUUGCUCGCAGCGUCAUUCUGGUCAGGUCACCAACAAAAUGGCAUGUACUAUGCCUCGAGCUAAAGCAGACUGCAUCUUGGGACACGGCAGCCCUUUGCUCACGCUGUACAGAGAGGUGGUCUUCCUCACCGGAAUAGUCAGCCAGCCUUCAGGAACCGACUGCAAGAACGGUUAUGUCUUUCAGAAAGUGUCCCGCUUCUUGCCAUGGUUAAACACAUUCAUGCGUCCAUAAUGGAAGAGAAAAGAAUGAAUGCACAAUACAUUUCUACCCUGUUUUAGUUGACAUUGCCUUUGUUCCCACUUAUACACAACAAAUUUUAGAAAAAGUCAGAGUUCGUCAGAGGGGGGUAUUCCAGAAAACAAGGUUAACUUACAUGUACCCUGAACUCUUGGUUUGAUAAGCCCAAAACUUGUUUACUCAGGGUGUGUCUGUUAAUACGGCUUUAUAAUUUAGCUUAGCCAUUUACGUGUCUGUGACAAGGUGAGAUGUAUCUAUGAGUUACAUUACGAGUCCUGUAGCAACUAAACACAUCCUUUUAAUUGCGGAGCCGUCAACAUGAGAUGAGAAAAUGUUGGUUUUAAGAUUUGUAUGGUAAAAUAAAAUGAGCAUUCGAUUAUGUUAUAAUAAUGCUAUGCAUAAUCAUAUGUGACCCUGGACCACAAAACCAGUCAUAAGGUCAAAUUGAGGUUUAUACAUGAAAAUUAUACAUGACAGCUGAAUAGAUAAGCUUUCCAUUGAUGUAUG